GUACGCUCAGCUUCAUCGUCAGAACGGGAAUCCCUUCUCUGAUAGAUGCUCGCGACGUGCAGAAAAGGAGUAGCCAAAGCACAGGCCAAGUUUGAGCCCAACGUCUUUCGCGAUUCGCUCGUCAAGUCACUCGAAGCAGUCCCCCAGGGUGACUUUGAUGGCUAUGCAAAGGAGCUAGACACGCUCGGGAACACGCUCGAGUAUCGCAAGUACGAGGAUCAGCUCUUCCAGCUACUCUGUGUCGGCAGAUUGCUCGCACCGGGUGGCAAUUACAUCCAGGAUGACGCACCGCAGUGUCCCGUCUCGAUCAUUGGCGCGCCCACUGCCGAGCUUGCGGAUAUCAGAAAGGUCGUCGAGGUCUUCCACAAGCUCAUCAGACGCUACAAGUACCUUCAAAAGACAUUCGAGGAAACAACCUUGACCAACAUUCUUCAAUAUGUGAACAAAUUCGAAGAUCCCAAGGCCCCUGCUGGCACGCAUCCCAAUCAGGAUAAGAUGGCCGUCGCCACUGCCUUGCUCGUCUCUGGCGGUCUGGUCGGAAGCGCCAGCGUGCUCGCAUCGCUCAAGAAGGACCACGUCGUCAAAGACGGCGUCUCGCUAGCCUUUAUCACGACUUACAUUCGCACCUAUCUCACCGCAGAAACGAUCGACCAUCUCGGUUCUUCUCUUCGUCGUGGUGGCGUGGCGGACCUCAUCUUGUUCUUCCCGCCCAACAAGCGCACGAUGGCGUUUGCUGCCGAGCACUUCAAGAAGGAGAACCUCGACAAAGUGUGGGAGUUCUACCAGAAGCAGCGUAGCGCAGGCAUUCGCGAGGAGAUGGCCGAACAUCUUCGCACGAUGGUCGCCAACGAAGAAUCGCACGAGGAGAUCGCUACAUACCUCAAAGAGCAAUUCAAAUCAGAAGCAGUCUCGGACGUCGAUUUUCUAGCGACGAUCUGGACAAACUUGCUUUCGGACGUCGAUGCUGCCGCUUCAGCUCAGCAAGCUUGUGAGACAGCUCUGAAGGAGAUCAAGGACAUCGUGCCUUUGCUCGAGCCUUACGCCUCGUCUGCACGUGCUCAGGUCGGAUUGAUCAAUACCAUCCAGGGAUGGUGCUAUGAGCAGACAAAAGCCAUGGCUGUCUUUCCCCGUGCGCUCAAGAUGCUCUAUGCUGCCGAUGUGCUCUCCGACAAUGCGAUCCUAUACUGGCAUAGCAAGGGGUCCAAGCCUGCAGGCAGACAGCAUUUCCUCACCGCUUCCGAGCCACUCAUCAAGUUCCUGCAGGAGCAGGAGGAAAGCGAGGAGGAAGAGUGAUUGAAUCGCAAUGCAUUCGCCCACAUCACAUUUGCAUUCUUGCCAAUUUGAACUUGCCUUGCAGACUCAUCUCGAUUUUGCUCAAGCCAGCUCGUUCAUAUCCGAGUAGGCAUUUUCCAUCAUCGGCUUAGUGCGCGAUGACCUCGAUCCAGUAGUGGUCCGGAUCGUAAAGGAAGGCAAUGUUGCGCAUCUUG